AACUAAAUGACCUUUAAAGAGCUCAUCCAACCCAGACCUUUCUGUCGUUCUACGGUUCAUGGUGCCAUCCCAUGGUGUCAGAUGGUUCUUGUCAGACAUAAGCCCACUCAGCAACAUUGGUGCUUCCCGGCCAUUUCACCUGCUGGUCCCUCUGCCUUUGAGAUACCUGAGGUGCCUCAACAACCAGGACCACCAGCAGGAACUCCUGAUGUGCCAACAGCCCCGCCUAGCACAUGCCUAUCUCCUGUUUUGUGCGAUCUACAUUCAGGUCAUAACCCUUGUGCUCCUUCCCACACUCGCUAGUUCAGACCAGAGCUCUCCCCAGGGUGAUGUGGUACAACAUUUUUCCUGAAUCCCAAGCAGGUAAGCCCCAUCACUUUUCCAUUGCUUAGAUGCUUGUCGCAGCUCCCUGGUGUCCUUCACAUACUACCCCAGUUUCCUCUGCAAAGCCACUCUUACCUCCUCUCUCCCAGGGAAAGGUAGGUGCCACUUUGCCUCAAAGCACCAGGCCUGAGGCACUGCAGGUGUGUUGGGCUGAGGAUCCAGCUACAGUAGGUUGGUGUGGGUGCUCCACACUGCACGCCUGACUCCCUUCUUCUUGCUGGACCCCUGAGAAGUGGCAGGGCCCAUGGGCAGCAGGAACUCAGUUUCCCUAGAAGGGUCCCUGGUCUUGCCAGCUCUUUACUCCCUCUUCUGCAAUCAGCUCAUACCAAAGAGGUUGAGCAGCGCAUCAUGCUCCCAAAGCUUUGUGUUAGCUCUCUUCCAUUCCUCCUCCUCUCAGCCUCUCCCCACCUGCUGCCCCCAUCCCCUUGGAGGUGAGAGUUCCUGUGUGCUGUCCUGGGAGCAAAGGCAUCCAACAUCUCCCUUGGCCUGCAGCUGGUUACAGGCAAGGGAUGCUUGGAGGCCAUUACUUUGCAGUUUUUUCACAGUAUUGUUCUCACUUUGUAUUUGAAAAACUGCCUCCUCUGCCUUUCUCAUCAGGGGCCAAGGGUGACUCCGUGACACUGUGGUAAGUGGUAUUAACUAACCUUUGCCAGUGACCUGCCUCUCUUGUUUCAUUUUGAGCCAAGGGCAACAGGUAUUCAUUUAUCUUUGUCCUUAUUGGUUCGUCUACUCAACUUGCUGUAAAAUAAGCCCCCAAAAUCCCCAGCUUUGAUAUUUACCAAGAGUCAUGAAAACUGCUUUGAUUACCAUGCAUGCUGAGCAGUACUGGCACCAGCAUGGCCCAUGACUUGAGUGCAGGACUGGAGCCAGGGAAAACUAUGUUGCCAAGAUAUUUGCAGAGAAAUGAGAAAAACUUACUAGUGCUUCCCUGAGCCUGGAGGUACCACUUGGUUCCCCAUGCCUUCGUGCACUUUUUGUGAUCACUGGUUGCUGGCGCCUGAAGCAUGGGUGUGAGACAGUGGGACACAGGUACAAGCCCUGGGCCUGCAUGGAGGCACCACGCUCCUGCUGGGCUCCGGAAACUGCCCUGAGGGCAAAGCAGGCUGGGUCACCUGUCUCUGAUUAAGGGCAUGAUUCUCCACACACUGUGCAGUUGGUGGGGUGGCCAGGGUCAUCUCCCACCCGAGUGAUGGAGGCAGGCCGGGCAGGUGCUGUCGGAGGUGUAGCCGGACCCACUGGCAGUGGACUUGCUGUCAGUGUCUCUGCCACCAACACUUUCCAUCUGAGGAAAAGAUCCUUCCCUACAGCCAGGAGGUCUCCCUGGCUCUUGCUGGGCAGGACCACUGGGAAGGGCUGGCACCUCGGACAGCAUGGCUGGGAUUUGCCGUUUCUCUUCAUUUGGUGCUCAAGAAGUUAUUCCCAAUUAGCUAAAGUGAUGGGCUGGUGUGGUGAUGAAAAACCCUCCUCCAGAUGCCCUGCCGCUGCGUUAAAAUGGGUUUACUUUGGUUUGGUGUUUUGAAGUGGAGUGACCAACUCAAGUGGACUCCAGACCAGGGAUGCAUUUAGCAGAGUGGGCAGUGAGUAUGAUGGCCUGUGGUGAUAAGCUCUUUGUGAGCAAAGCCUGCUCAGGGGGGAGGGAGUGACCUGUCUUGUAUCAGGACUGCUCUAAUUCUGAUUAAGACCAUCUGCCAAGGGGUUUACUGAACUUCAAUCACUUCCAAAUUUAAUACAGCUUAGCUGUUCUGAAUGUUUCUGUGCAGACUGACUCUUGGUUCUCCAGCCCAGUAUCUUGCUGUCUGUGCACAAUGUGUGAGCAGGGUGCCAUGGGUUUUGGUGAAAGGUUAGCCCCCGUGGAGGAGGAAAAACUCCUGCCAUUCAAGGCAGGAUGUGGGUAGGACUGAUAGCUCCGCAUCCCUGUCCAGCCCAAGGGACUCUGCUAGACAAAAAGGCCCCAUUCCAACCCUGGCUCCCAGAAUUACAAACCUAGACCUCCUAAGAAAUACCAACAAGAAGCUACUUCCAGAAGCUUGCACAGGUUUCAGCAAAAGCAGAGGUUGAGACUGUUUGACAACGAGGUUUCACUGCUGCCUGUCACGUCUCAGAUGAAGCUUCAGGAACAGGAUCGUUUGCCAGUAACCACCACCUUGUACUGAUGUUAUCUAGUUUCUGCAGAAUGAAUUUGCUGAGUUGUCAUCUGUGGCACUGUCAGGGGAAGUCCUGACUCCUGACACUGCAGUUCCUGCCUCUGCAUUGCCAUAGCCCCAAUUCCAGCAGCAUCAUCUGGGCUGGUUGGAUUUGCUGGGCAACUGCUUGUCCUGAAAUCGCAUGGAUUUGUCAGGAGGAAGUGGGCAGCAAGGCUGUGCUGCAGGCCUGUAGGCUCCCAAAUCCAGUGAAGUCACUAGGCAGGCUAACAAAUAGUUUCUGAUUGAGGAUAAAAUGGCUACUAACAGCUCAUUGCAAGGUGAUGCUGAACACCUGGUGACCAGUUAGCAAGAGGGGGUUUGUGCUAGAGCUAAUGUGUGGGUAUGAGCAAGUGCCUCUCAGUACAUGGGCUACUGGCUUCUGUGACAGAGGCAAGCUCUCUGGGUGCCAGACAGAGGCACUGCUGCAUUGCAGAGACAUUUGCUGAGUGAGGCAUCCCUUUUCUUCUGUGCAGACUUUCCCUACAAGCAAAGUGACCUGAUUCGCUCACCAGCUUCAGCUAGCAGAUAAUAGAUGAGUAGCUGAUAGGUGCUGGUGCAUGCUGGCACUGCUGUGUGACCAGGCAGGAUGAUGGCACCCCAUGCUGCCAGUGUAACAGACUGGCAGAACCAAACUCACUGGUUCAAACAAAAUCCCUUGGCUGCAGGCACAAGGUGUUCUCUGUGUCUGUGCUGUGGAAGCAGACAUCUGUUCUGCUGUCUAUUGGACACCUCAGGUCACUCGAUCACAUGCACAAGUUUUAAGAGCAAUGCAAACUGCCAGUGUACCCUACCUGGCCACUUGCAUGUGAGAUGAAACCUCAUUCAGGCAGGACUUUGGGGCACAUUUCUACAUCUGAUAGCAACCAUCCGCUGCAGUCACAAAGUCUGGCAUUGCUCAGCAGCUGGAUUCAUAUGCUGGGGUAGCAGCACCUUAGCAUUUCUCCCAGCCAUGCUCUGGAGCAUGCCUAAGUGCCAGCUGGCACCUAGGUGGUUUAGAUGAGAGUGCCAAUGGGUACAAGGCUAUGCUCCAAAUUCAGGAUAGAACUACCUGAUGGGUCCCUCUCACUGUGCAGCAGCAGGGAAAGGAGGAAGGCUGCAUGAGGAAUGGGAUGCAAAUCCAUCCUUUAUAACUGUAAUGCCAUGGUACAUGGGAGGAAGCUUCCCUGGCAUGCUGUGGUUGCUUUUGUCUGCCCCACUGUGAAACUGGGAGACAUCCAAAGAUAGGUGCUGACCUGAAUUAGGGCUGCAGGAAAAUUUCCCCAUGUGGGGACUAAAAGUCCCACUAGUUCAGAGUGGAAACUAGUGAAAUGCCAUAUGAUAGAGACGUGCAGAGCAAUGCCUGGCUCAGAGAUAAGUCUGUUCCUUUGCUCACCCCCUCACAAGAUGUUCAAAGAAAUGGAAAGACAACUCAUUUCAGACUGGUAAACUGACAUACUUCUCACAGAGCCAGCAAACUGGUUUGUGCAGGUGGACAAGAUGCCCUUUUGGCCAACAGUUUUAGAGGGCUCACAAGGAACCAGGUAUUGACAUGAAAAACAAGGAUACCCAAAACUGAAGUUAAAAAGUUUGGCUUAAAUAAGAUAGAAGAUGGCAUGAUUCUUGGACAUCCAGUUUGGAGUUUGGUAAAGAAUGGCGGGAAGGAGUUUCCAUCUUUUUUCUGUCCCCUCUUUGAAGCCGAUGUUGGCAGUAUUAUUUAUGUCAGGAGGACUGACUCUUCAAGUCAGGGCCUUGCAGCAGCACCACUGGCAUGGCUUAGAGUACAGCACUUCUCCCUCAUCCCACCUCCAAAGCACUGUCAGGGAUGAGGUGCAGGUCACCUGUGUCUGGGCACUGGUGUUAGCAGCCACUGCCAAAGCUGUGGGAAAAGUAGCCACGCCCCAGGAGGCUGGUUAUGGAGCUUGUCUCUCCUACCAGGGUACUGAAGUGUGAGGGUGGAAAGCACAGGAUUAAUGGUCAUGUGAAACUGUUCAUCUCCCUCCAUCCCUCCCUCUGCUGCUCUAAGUCCCCUGAGGAAACCUGUGGGACUUCAUAAGCCCUCUGAAAUAGCCAGCACUAAAUGGGUCCUCCCUUGUGUUUGGGUGUUGGACCAUGAGCCUCCCUCCCUCCUCAUGUUUCUCUCAAAAAGGCAUUGAAGAGCCCUGAGUUGGGCAGGGGCUCCAGGGGAUGGACCAGGUGUGGGACAGGGGCUCAGCCCUGCUGCUGCCUCCCCCGGCAGCCUGCUGUGGGAUGGCUUGUCUCCCAGAGAGCUGGCAGCAUGAGAGAGCCGUGGGUGCACCAGUGUGCGCCAAUGCAGCAUCCGGGCUGAUGGGGCUUGGACACAUAUUUGUGUUUUGAUAACUCUGCCAGUGUGGUACUGCCAAUCAGCACUACUUGCACAGGCACCAAUUGUACCUUCUGCACAGCUCCCUUGUCCUCACCUUCACAGCUUGUCUACUCCACACUCCCCUGUGCUGCCUCCGACAUGCUGUGCUCCAGGACUGCUUGUACAAGCCUCACACACGCCUGGGCACAAGCUCACUGCAUGUGCGCCCAUCAGUGCAGCUACUUGUGCUGAACACCUCCUCCAGCUACACUGCGUGAGCUGAAGUAUUUAGAAACUUGUUCCCACCAAAUGGGGUGGGCAGAAGGGAGAACUAGUGUAUACAUCCAUGUAAUCCAAAAUUGAAGCAGAUCCCAUUGGGGUGGGAACACAGUACUGGUAUGAGUGUUGUUCACAGCCAUCUUCUGUUGAGGUGGGUGUCUUGGAGUCUAGCUGUACAAACAUGCCCUAAAUAAGCCGUACUCAAUCCUUGGGAGUCUUGAACAUGUUUUAUGGUGAAGGGUGGUAUUGAAGAACAUUUUCCUCCGAAUAGCAUCAUGGAACAGCAAUGUAAUACGCUCAAGAAUCAUGUAUUAAUUUAAGAGACAAGUAACACAUUCACCAUCCGCCCCCAUGCCAUGCAUCAUGGGUGCAACCAAUGCCCAGUAAACAUCAAAUCCUCCAUCAGGCUGUGGUCAUCCCCUGGGAGCACAAUUUUUACUGCUUGGUCGCUUCAGUUGGAUUCACUGCAGCACUAGCAGAGGCCCAGGGUUGGGUCCUGCUGCCACUGUGGCAGGGCUGGACAGCCACAUGCGCCUCUCCUGCUCUUUUGGUAGCCUGGAAAUGCACAUGCUGGACAGCAUGAAGGAAGCUGGGGCCAUAGCCACUUACCAACACCAGUAAGUCUACCCCUGGGUGGAUCAGCACUUCUGGUUAAACGGGUCACUGCCCUUCCUCUUUGGGCCUUCCCCCUCAUCACCGAACGAGACUGCCACCGAGAUGAGUCAAACUGUCAGACAACAUCUGCACCCUCCGCACACCCCGUCCAUGCGCUUGGAUAGUUCAACUGGUGGGCUCAGCCCAGGCAGCGGAAGCAAAGGAACCCUGGUUGACUGGGGGGCGUCUGGCAGCUGAGCCUUUUCGGUGUCCCAAGUGUGGCUGGGUGAUCUGGUCCAUUUCUGACAAGAUCCCAGAAGCUAGACAGGGCCUGUGAAGGCAGCAGUGAGAGAAACUUUUGCCUUAAGUAGAUGUACUGUACCAGGGUUUGGGAUCUGCUAACCUGGAGACUCCUGUAAGUGCACAUCUGAGUACUUGCUCAUGAGCUGCAAAGUCCUUGCCAGGAGAAGAUUAGAGGUUGCUCAACUAAUUACUCAACCAGUUUAUUUGUAUAGGACAGGAGAAUGUGGUUCACCUCUUCAAAAUAGCCUGGGGUGAACUCUAGUAAGUCUGUGUCUUGAUACAGAAACUCCAGUUUCUGUGUCAGCUGGAAAUCUGACCCUGACAACCUCUUGACAAUCCUUCAGCUGAGAGCUCUAGCCAGGCUUGCUUUCCCCCUCCAGUGGGGUCAGAUGUACCCCAGCUACCUGGAGCUUGUUGUCCAAAUCUGGAAAGCUAACAUAUUUGGCAUUUCCUUUCUAUAGCUUCCUUCUUUUAAAAUAUGAACCAAAGAAAGCAUUACUAAUGGCAUUCAAACCCUCCCCCCCUUAAAACUGGCAAAGCCAAGUAUCAAAGAGCUAGAAAUUGCCAGAAAUGGGUUUGCCUGGGCAACCUAGCUUCAGCUGUCUUGUGUAUAUGAUCACUUCCUGCAUUUUGCCACCUGGAUUGCCACCUCUUCAGCACCCAGACUGGACUUUGGCUUGAGGGAGCAAAGAGCUGGUCAGCUAGGCUGCAUCCUUUCUUAGCAGGUCUGGGAAACUCCUAUGCAAUUGGUGAAGCAGGGGAUUUCAGAAAGAAAGGAGGGUCUCCUGGUAGACAGUUGAUGCCUCCCUGGAGAGCUGGGUCUGUGUCUACCCCUGCCUCGAAGUUACUCUAUGAGUCGGUAAGCCACAUAAGCAAGAGCUUUCACAGGAGCAGCCGUGUCUUCCUCAUUUGCCAGAGCUGCUUUACAGAAGUGCUAAAAGUUUGCAGCUGCAGUUACAGACAUGAGGAUCUGGGGUUUGAUUAAAUUAAGUGUUAUAUAGGGCCAAAACCACUGAAAAAUUUAGAUCCUGGUUGGUUCAAAACAUGUUCAAAACAAAAUGAAUAAGUACUUACAACCUAAAUCUCUCUUUGUCUCUUUUUCGCACCUGUUAAAGAGGGAUAACUCCACCCUCAACCCUGAACCUGAAAAGGUGGCUGAGAAGAUAGAUUAAUUAAUAACCCUGAAGAACUCACUCAGCACUGAAGCAAUGAGCACUAGAAAGAAUCCAUGAAGAAAUGGAAAAGCAGGAUGUUGGAGCAGUCUCUGACUGCAGGACAGCAAUGAAGUUUCCGGCCACGUGACUUUCAGCUUACAUCCCCGAGGUUCUGAGAAACCACAGGAGGCUGAGACCUAAAGGGAAGGUGCAGAGCCUCUGAGAGGAGAGGCAGCGAAAGUGUUGGAGUGUUGGGCAGGAGGACAGUGUGCUUCUGGGACGGGUGAGAGCAGGGAAGCCAAGGGCCAUCUCAGGGGUGACAGAGGAGGGCGGGGAGAGGUAGAGAAGCAAGACAGAAGGCAGGCAUACCAAGAGGACAAAGGAAGCUGAAGAGACCCUGGGAGCCAGAGCCAGGAGCCAUGCCCCACAGCUCCGACAGCAGUGAUUCCAGCAGCUUCAGCCAGUCUCCCCCUCCCAGCAAGCAGGACUCUUCUGAUGACAUGAGAAAAGUCCAAAGGAGGGAGAAGAAUCGUAUCGCUGCCCAGAAGAGCCGCCUGAGGCAGACUCAGAAAGCAGACACACUGCACUUGGAGAGUGAAGACUUGGAGAGGCAGAAUGCUGCCCUGCGCCGGGAGAUCAAGCAGCUGACAGAGGAGAUGAAGCACUUCACCUCGAUGCUGAGCUCCCAUGAACCACUCUGCUCCAUCCUGACAUCCCCUCCACCGCCUCCAGAAGUGCUUUACGCCACACACUCCUUUCACCAGCCCCACAUUAGCUCCCCACGCUUCCAGCACUGAGCUGGAAGUAGGACGACAGCCUGCCAGCUCCACUGAUGUCAAGAAGUAACUUCUUGGGGCUCGCUUUUCCAUCCAAGGGAAGGAAUUGGACGAGUGGACAUUCCUUCUAAAGUGUGUACUCUGAGUGACUUGCCUAAGACUUACUUCCUGUGCAGAAAUGGCAAAGCCACCACAAAGCAUCUUUGGACAGUUUCCAGCUUGGAUCCUGAGAAGAGAAGGCAGUCACAAAAGGGCACCAACUCCCUUCUCUGGUGCUUGUUUGGGCACACUCACAAGAGCGUGCAGCACUGACAGCCUCCAUAAGAGUGGCUGGACGUGACAUGCAACAGCUGGAGCUACAGGAAGAGGAAUGGGAGCAGGGGUGGAGGAGGUUGGGGGCCACAGAGUA